GUGGAAGAUGGAAGAACCACAAGAGAUUUUCUCCAGGAGUGAUGGCCAUGUGGGUGACAUCGUGGUGGAAAAGUUCCUGGUGGAUUCCAUGAAGCCUGCACCCCACGUUCAGCUCGCCUGCAGUGGGCGGUCCUGUGCUUUCCCUUUAGAUGGAAACAGACUUUGCAUAUGGGACACCAAGGACCCUCCUCAGCAGCUGAUGAUCCUAAAAGGACACCGUCAGCCCAUCACUGCCGUGACAUUUGGGAGCAGAGAGAGCCCGCUUCUGGUCUGUUCUGCAUCACGAGAUUGUGUCAUGAUGUGGGGCCUGGAUGAGUGCAGACAGGAAGAGCUUCAAGGGCGACUUCCACGGGGGACUGUUCUCGGCGCCCUCCUGGGAAGGGUGCUGUGUCUGAGGCUUAGUCCCGACGAUCGAGUGGUGGCAGUGUGUGCAGGGAACAGAGUACUCAUGCUGGACCUUGAGAGCCGAUCCACGCUGGCUGAGCUGGAUGGUCAUCACGGCCCAGUGACAGCGGCCGAGUUUUGCGCUCAGCAGACACACAUCCUCAUCUCGGCGUCUGAGGACAGAAGCUUCAAGGUUUGGGACCAUCGUGUGGGAUCAUUGAUACACAGCUCAUCAGUGUUAACAGCCUCCCCGCUCCUGAGUCUCCUCGUGGACCCGUGGAGUCAGCAGCUGGUGGCCGGGUGCACGGACGGCCAGCUUUGGAUCUUCAGUUUGGUUGAGGGGCACCAUUACCGCUGUGUGACGCAUGUUGACCUCAGGAAAAAGAGAGAGAGUUUCUCCACUAGGAGGGCAGAGUCCAAGCCAGAAGGUGGUCAGCCUCCGUCCACGAAGGCCCCAGAAACAGGAGAAGAGACUGAAGUGGCCCUUCCUGUCCUGAGCCUGGCAGCCUGUGACUGUGGAUUCCUCUCUGAGACUGGCAGCUGUUUGUGGAUUGGAAGCUCUGCUGGUUUGCUCAUAUUUAACCUGGCAAGCUUUGAACUGGAGGGCGUUUUACAUUACAAGGACUUCUGGAGCCUCAGCAUUCAGGUAGCUGGAUCGUGUGCCGUGGCGAGCAGAACCGGCGGGCGUGAGGCCCUCUGCUUGCUCACGUCCAUGUUCGGCAACGAGACGGCGCUGGUGGAGGUGGACCCUGCUGCUCUGCUGAGAUCCCAGCAGCGCCCCCGCCGCGGACCGGACCUGUCGGUGCUGCCCAGACCAGGGCCUUGUUUUUAUUUUAGCUCCUGUGUCUCACCGACCUCCCCGCUGUACUUGGGACUUAAGGAAAAAAGAACCAAGCCUGCUACUCAGAAACAAGUGGCUGCUCGGAGCGUCGUGAAGGACCACCCGCUGGUUUUCCACAACAAAAUUCAGUCGUCGGGCUACACAGCUGCCCCAUGUGCAACUAUGUUUUCACCAAAGACUAAUUUCAAAAAUGAUGGUAAAAGAGCUUCAAAAUGCAAAAACAAUUACAGGCGUAAGGAGUACCCUCUGGAGAGUCCUCCACCCAGCAAGCUGGGCAAGCGGCUGGCCGUGGCCCGCGACCAGGCUGCCCUGCUCUGUAUCCAGUGCUCAGCAGGAGAUGGACAGCGGCUGGCCUGUGGCUUAGCCAACCACUUGUCCCUGGUCUGCAAUGCUGAUCUUACUGGGACGCCUGCUGUUUUGUCAGGUCACGACGGGGCAGUGGGCAGCGUGUGCUGGAGCCACGACGGCCGCUGGGUGCUGUCCGCCUCCCAGGAUGGGACGCUGCGGGUGUGGUCGAUGCGCGGCCCGGAGCCACUGCUGCGUCUGGGCAAAGACAUGUUCCCUAAGCCUGUCCAGUCUGCGCAGUUUUAUUAUAUCGACGCGUUUAUCUUGUCGUCCUCGGGCCCCGAGGUCCAGCUGCUCAAGCAUCACAUCGACACCAGCAAGGACGACUUACGGAGGUACAGACAGAAGAGCUGGUGCACGCCCGUGUGCAGGCUCCUCACGGCCGACGUCGUGGACAUCACCAGCCUGUCUGCGGUGAAUGAUUUCCACUCCUACCUCGUGCUCGCUGCUGGGCGGAACCGGACCUUGGAGAUUUUCGACCUCAACGUGGGCUGCAGUGCGGCCGUCAUCACGGGAGCCCAUUCUCGGCCUGUCUACCAGAUCUGUCAGAAUAAAGGGUCAUCAUUUGCGACCCAGCAAUCCCAGGCUUAUAACCUCUUUGCGACAGCAGCCACUGGUGACGGGAUAAAGCUUUGGGACCUGAGGACCCUGAGGUGUGAGCGCCGUUUUGAAGGACAUCCAAACCGCGGCUACCCGUGUGGAAUUGCCUUUAGCCCUUGUGGCCGAUUCGUGGCUUGUGGUGCUGAAGACAGACAUAAAUGCCGCUUGAAUCUUACUGUGCAGAAAGCUGUGACUGUACCAUGAUGACUUCUUCGGGAUCACACUAAAGCCAUGGCCCCUCUAUUUCAUCGUAGGAUCACCUUUUCAGAGAAAUCAGAAUGAGGGAAUGAACUAAAGGACACUCGCAGAUAAGCAGUUGCAUAUUUGAUCCGAGGUCCACAGAUGCUGAGAAAGACCAAGCCGUUAUUGGAGACCGGGUUGAUCGGGAUUUGCUUCCAGAUAAUGGGGCUGCUUCUCCCUUGAGAAGGAGACACCGACGGUUAGACCCGCAGUCGGGGCCGUCUGGUGAUGCGCGUGCUCUGCCUCUGUGGGAGGAGCUUGUCACCUCGCUUGUCACAGUUCCUGUUGUCCGGGCUGGGUGGGGAUCCGUGACAGAAGAAGGACGUCGUGUGUCUGCCUCGGGUCUGAUGGGAGAGCCCAGAGCAGCGUCACCAACAUUUUCUAACAGACUCUCUGCUUCUUCCUGGACGCAGGCAGCGUUUCUGCCUCAGUGAGAUUUUAAAUAGCACUCUGUAUUAAACCUUGACUAUUUUGGUCUUCUGAGAAAAGAUUUUUUUUUUUUAAAUAAAAAUUCAGUGAUCUGAAGAAAUGUGCACAGUUCUGAGAAAUGUCAUCUUUGGAAAUAUUUUAAAAAGCAAAGUAAAUGUCCUUAGUUUGACAGUUGAUUCCCCCGUGGACCAUAUAAUUAUUAGAAGCUUCAGAAAUACAGAAUUCACUUCUGUUUGCAAUUCUUUUCUCUUCUGUGGGGUUAAUUCGGGAAAAGGGAAAAUGAAGGACACAUGUUAGAAUCCUGUGAGAUGAAAAAUGAAAGACACUUCAUCUUCACGGAUACGGUUCAACAGAAUUACACAACAGUUGUAAUGAAUUGGUCUAGUCCUGUUUGCAAAACCCUGAUCUUUUUCAGUAGUACAUUCAGUCCCUUAUACUUUUUGUGAAAAUAUUUUUGAGCAGUAUUAUUCCAGCACCCUUGUGGUUUCUGCCACAUCCUCAUCUUUUGCCUGAAAAAUGUUGCUUCGUUUUUCCUCACCCCUUUUCCCAGGGAUUGAUUUAGUUUCAGAGUAACACUUAUUCUAUACAGGUUUUCUUUCAGUUUCUUUUAUUUUCUUAGCACGUUUUACCUAACAUUUAUUUCUGUUUAAUGGGGAGAAGUUGCUUCAUGAAUCAAUAACUGUUAUUACCUCUAAUUAAGACAUUUUGUUCUUGCCAUGGAUUGUAAUAAAAUUGAGUCAGUUGCAGAAUUCCUUGUUAACUUUUCCACUCUUUACAUAAAGUACACUUUGUCCUUUUGGACGGGUCGUUGCCACUGUGUGGAAGGAAGUACAGCUUGUGAUAAGUACGUAGCUAAUAAAAUAUUUCUGAUAUUGGGACCUGCA